AUGAACUCUCUCAACCAACUCUUUGUAUUAAUGCUUCUCACCUCAUUAGCUUUAUUAUCUCAUGGCAGCACCACCCUAUACGAAGCCGACCUCUCCCAUGAAGAAGAUGAGUUCGAAACAGAUGCAGAAGCCACCUUUGAAGCUACUGAUGAUGACUCAAUCCCUCUUCGAGGGAUCGGUCGCUUCCUUGCUCAGGAGGUCCUGGGUUCUGCCCUGACUACAUGUGAUAAAUACCCAGAAAUAUGCAGGGUCAAGGGGAGCCCGGGCCGAAAUUGCUGCAGUAAGAAGUGUGUGGAUUUGAAGACCGACAGGCUCAACUGUGGGAAGUGUGGAUACAAGUGUAAAUACUCCGAGAUUUGCUGCAAGGGCAAGUGUGUGAACCCGAUGAGCGAUAAGAAGCAUUGCGGGGUUUGCAACAACAAGUGCAGGCAUAAAAAGGGCAAGUGCGUCUAUGGAAUGUGUAGCUACGCAUGA